CGAGCGUCCAUUGCAGCAAAUCCUAGCAAGACCCUCCAGCCAUGAAUGCCGCCGUCCCGAUGAUGGACGAGCUCAUCAAAGAGUAUCUCCUCUUCCGCGGCUUCACUGGCACGCUGCGUGCGUUCGAAGCCGACCUUCGUAUGGAUCGAGACAAGGGCUUCCAGGUCGACCGGAUUAUUGAUCAGCUCUUUGCGUACAUUGCCGCUUUCGAUAUCGUCGGCCUGCGGCAGUUCUGGGGACACCUCGACAUGCGAUUCUUUGCGCGCCUCGACCACUCGUUCUUUGCGUCAGUGCGCAAGCUCGAGAUUUGUCUGCAGCGCUACUAUGUGGUCCACGCCAUUCAAAGCGGAAAACCAGACAAGGUGGUCGAGUUCUUUGACAAGUUUUCCGCAGAGCUGCUGACCCAGCCAGACUGGCGUGAUUGGUUUGCGAUUCUGUUUGUGAAAAACCCCGAACUCACUCCGGUCUUUGAGGGCUUCUUCACGCGUCAAUGGCUCGAAACCUUCACGCUGUCCCUGCACAAUUUUCUCAGCACAAUCUUCCAGUCGAUGCCGAUGCCAACCUUGCUGACGUUCAGUGCCGAGCGCAUUCGUCGCAAGGCCCUCGAGAAGGAAGUGGAAACGCUGCGCUCCCACCUCCAUGUGCGACGCGAGUUUGAUUCCGUGCGUGCAAACGAUCCCCGCCAGUCAUCGCCCAAGGGCCCCGCGCAAGCCGUGUCGGCAACUCCAGCACGCACAGCGCCAUCGGCCAAGACCUCUGCGCAAUCCCACGCUGCAGACGACCCGCACCGGAAGGACAUUCUCGCUGCCAUGUGGGACGACUCAUCGUCCAGUAUCGACUCCCUCACAACGCCCAAGCGUCAAAAUGUCGGAAUGGCCCCUCCCGCCGCGGUGGCAUCAACCCCAUCUUCGCAGCAGGCCCCCGCCUCAACUGCACCAUCCUCGACAACCACCACAACGACGACUAACGCCACCACCUCGGACGAGACCGUGUACGAGCUUCAAGACUUCAAGCCGAGCCAUGGCGGCGCCGAUGACGCUGCUUCACUGAUGCCGCCGUCCGAGGAGCCCACCGAGCCUGCACGGGCAGAUGGUGAGGGACUGCUUGUGACGGCAGCCGAUACCUACCGCGAGCACAAGGCGGCUGUUACGCAUGUGCGAUUUUCGUCUGAGGGCACGACGGUAGCAAGCGCCGACCGUGCUGGCGUCUUGAAGGUGUGGAGUGCGGCUGGAACGACGUUCACCACGCACGCCACACUCCCCUGCCCGGCAGACAUUCUGUCCAUGGAGUGGGAGAGCAAGAGCGAUCGCCUCCUGCUUUUGGGCUUGGCGGACGGCACCAUCAAGCUGUUCAACACGGACACGCGCAAAGCCAUGUUUGAUUUGACGGUUGAUCCGCAGUAUCCAAGGAUUGUGGAACUCGCAUGCAGCCCGCUGGGAACCUCGUUCGUGUGCUCGGCCGCCUCGGCCGCGAAACCCUCUGAAGGGCAGUUGCUAUUGUGGAAUUUGAAGACAAUGAAACUCGAGCGAUCGCUUGUGCUUGAGCCCGCUCCCACGCGCAUCAACUCGGCCAGGUACAACCAUAACGGCUCGCUGCUCGUGACUGGCGCUGAGGACGGCUGCAUCCGCGUGUUUGACAUGUCAAGUCAGCAAGCCAUCAUGGUCUGGACGGCCCACGAAGGGGAGGUGUAUAGCGUCCAGUUCAGCUUUGACGAGACGUCCGUGUUUAGUCUUGGCGCUGAUGGCAAGUUCCGCCAAUGGAACUUGCACACAGAAGCCAAGAUCACUGAAAUCGCCGUGCCUGUUAUGCCAGCCCAGAGCGAGUUCAUGCCAGGCGCCGGACAGUUUGCAAUGGAUGGCGAGGGCGACUUUUUCACGCUGGCGUCCUCAGAGCAAGCGCCCGUGUACCGUGUCGGCGAGGCCAAUCCUCUCAAGACGCUUACGGGCCACACGCGCACCAUUGCGAGCGUUGCGUGGUGCUCAUCUCUACUCACCUGCGCGACGGGCUCGGCGGAUUCGACCGUUCGCAUCUACCGUCUGUGUCGAACGUAGUCGAUUGGAUGUUGUUCAUGUUGAUCUUUUGGAUGUCUGAUUACACCACAUUGUAGAUAGUGCC